AUGAGACUUAAUACCUUACUGCUGGUGUGUGGGCUUUCAGCAUCACUCCGGGGGGUACAAGCCGAGACUCAAGUCGAGAAGUCCAUCGCUGCUAUCUGGGAUGACCUGAAGAAUGCAGUAGACUGCGGUGCUUGUCAGGUUCUCCUCGGUACCAUCAAAGUUACUGCAGGAGUUGGUGAGAAAUUCAUGAUCGAUGUAUUCACCGGAUUGUGCAAGAUCAGUGGGGUCGAGGAUCCAGAUGUCUGUACCGGGAUUAUCGAUAAAGAAGGACCUGCGCUACACGAUGCUUUCAAAGCCUUACACCUUAACUCGGACUCCUCCAAGACACUCUGCGCUAGUUUGGUCGGGCUCUGCAAGUAUCCUGACGUUCAUCCCUACAGUCUUACAUUUCCGUCGCCCAAGCCAAAGACUGUGAGACCACCACCUAGUGGUAAGAAACCCCUCAAAGUUGUCCAUUUCAGCGAUACACAUGUGGACCUCCUCUACGAGCCUGGAUCCAACUACGAGUGCACCAAGCCUAUCUGUUGCCGAUCUUAUUCAGAUGAAGAUGCACCAGGGAAGACGGAACACCCAUGUGGGCCAUUUGGAAACACAAAGUGUGACCCGCCACAAACACUCCAGGAAAGCUUGCAUGCUGCUAUCGCAGACAUUAGUCCAGAGUUCUCCAUUUACACUGGCGACGUGGUCCCCCAUGAUGUCUGGUUAGCCGACCAGCCUGCAGUGUUGAAAGGGCUCAACUCCACGUACAGCGCCAUGGAAAAAGAUAUCGGCACUGUGUACGCUGCCAUAGGGAACCAUGACGUUGCACCACUCAAUCUCAUUCCAGCGGAUGCCUCAAAUGAAGCCGAUCCCCAAUGGGCGUACGAUGCUCUCGCAGAAGACUGGUAUGGACUCACGGGCGUUGAUUCCGUCAAAUCUGCGGAUGAAUUUGCCUCGUACUCAGCUGUCCACCCUAACAGCAAUCUGCGCAUCAUUUCUUACAACAGCAUCUUCUACUACAUAUACAACUUCUAUAUGUACCGGGAACCAAUGGAGCAAGACCCGCGCGGUCAAUUCGAGUGGCUCAUCAAGGAGCUGCAGGCUGCCGAAGAUGCUGGGCAACGCGCGUGGUUGAUCUCUCAUAUCCCAUCCGGCGUGCCAGAUCACUUCCGCGACCAUUCGCAGUACUUUGACCAGAUUGUUCAGCGUUACGAUGCCACCAUAGCGGGACUCUUCUAUGGCCAUACACACAGGGAUGGAUUCCAAAUCGCUUACUCUGACUACAACAACCGAGACUGGAGCACAGCCACUGCAAUGGGUUAUGUCGCUCCAGCAGUGACGCCAACGGAAGGAUCACCGUCUUUCCGCGUCUACGACAUUGAUCCAGUCACCUUUGGCGUCCUGGAUUAUACUCAGUACGUUGCCAACAUUAGCGACCCAUCCUUCCAGACAAAGCCAAAAUGGCUGCCCUAUUACUCGGCCAAAGCAGACUACGGAUCCAAAAUCUCCCCUCCCCUCACCGAUCCAAAGGCCGAGAUUAGUCCAGCAUUCUGGCACAACGUCACUGUCGCCAUGGAACGUGAUCCGACUAUUUUCCAGGAUUACUGGGCGAGACGCGUUCGCGGAUUCGAAGUCGAGAGUUGCACUGACGACUGCAUGAAAAAUGAGAUCUGCCUUCUCCGUGCCGCUAACGCGCAAUAUAACUGUGAUAAGCCGAAGCCGUUAGACUUCGCUAAGCGUGACGGACAGGAGGGUGAUAUCUUGGUGGAAAAGGAGCCUCAUGUAGACUGCGACCAUGCUGGAGUGGCUACAAUGUUCUCGAAGAUGGCACAUCGGGCUAAGCUUGAGCGGAGAAAGGAGCUUGAGGCUUGA